AUGGACUGUUGUGUGAAAAUGCAACUGUUGAUCAUCACACUACUCACACUCGGUGCGCUCGCAUCGAACGACGAACUGUGGCAUCACUGGAAGCGUGCGCACCAGAAAGAAUACAACGGACCGGAAGACUCACUUCGACGAGCUAUUUGGGAACGAAAUGUUGAAAGAAUCAAGGAACACAAUCUGCGUCACGAUCUGGGCUUGGUGACCUACACACUGGGGUUAAAUCAGUUCACUGAUAUGACAUUCGAAGAAUUCAAAGAGAAGCGCUUGUUGGAAAUGCGGUCAAGUAUUGUCCCUAAAGGAAAACCGUUGGAAGCAAACUACGGGAAAGUGCCCGAUGCGAUUGACUGGCGCGAAUCAGGAUGUGUCAGUGAAGUAAAAGAUCAAGGGGACUGCGGUUCUUGUUGGGCUUUCUCUGCCAGUGGUGCAGCCGAAGGACAAUAUAUGAAGAAAUACGGAAAACCCAUUCGUUUCUCGGAACAACAGCUUGUUGACUGCAGUAGAGAAUAUGGCAAUCAUGGAUGUGGUGGUGGUGACAUGAAUAGGGCUUUCCAGUAUAUGGAAACUUAUGGAAUGCUAUCGGAGGACGAUUACGCAUAUAAGGCUGUCGAAGGAAGAUGUCAAUAUGAUCCUAAUAAAGUUCGUGCCACAGUGACUGGAUACCGUACGGUGAGUAGUGGCAAUGAGGACGAGUUGAGGAAAAUGAUCGGUAAAUUUGGACCGGCCUCAGUAGCAAUUGAUGUAGAAGACGACUUUCAAAUGUACAGAAGUGGAAUUUAUGAGUCCAAAUCGUGUUCGACGGAUUGGUUGAAUCACGGAGUGCUGGCCGUUGGAUAUGGAAAAGAGAAUGGUAAGGAUUACUGGAUUGUGAAAAACAGUUGGGGCUCGGAUUGGGGCGAUAAAGGAUAUAUUCGGAUGGCGAGGAAUAAAAACAACAUGUGUGGGAUUGCCAGUGAGGCCAGUGUGCCCACGGUGGUGCAUGAGAAGUGA